AUGUCCCUUCUUACGAGUGUUACCUCUUCCAACAGCCAAAUAUCUGCCACGUUCCCUCAUGGAUUAGUCGCUGUUUUCGUUGGAGGGACCAGUGGCGUCGGCGAGUAUACAGUCAAAGCCUUUGCGAAAUACUCUAUCAAUUCUCGGGUGUAUAUUGUCGGGCGCUCUCAAGAGUCUGCUGAUCGGAUCAUCCAAGAAUGCAGUCGUGUCAGCUCCGGAAGUACGUUUCAAUUCAUCCAAGCGGAUGUAAGUGCUUUACGGGGUGUUGACAGCGUCUGCGAUAAAAUCAAGAAUAAAGAAACUGCAAUCAACCUCCUCUUUUUAUCGCAAGGUAGUAUGGGGUUCAAUAAAAAAUCACCUGAUGGCUUGCCUCUGGCCGCAUCUCUUGCCACGCAUUCACGAACUCGCUUCAUCGCAAACUUGCUUCCUCUGAUUCAGCAAGCCGACACCUUACGCCGAGUGGUCAGCGUUGGAGCGGCAACAGUCGAGGGGCCGGUGGAUAUGAGCAACUUUUUUGGGGAGGGGUUCCCUUUGACUAAAUGGCGGGACCAGUUGUCUUCUAUCCAGACAUUACUUCUGGAAGAAUUUUCACGACUUGCCCCGACCGUCAGCUUCAUCCACUCAUUGCCCGGGAUCGUGAAGGGUGGGAUCAAUCGUGACGCUGAAGGCUUCUCGCUAAAGCUGAUUAUCCUGAUAUCGCGAUAUCUAUUCGAACCUUUUUUGCAGGUACCCCCUAACGAAUGCGGAGAGAGACACCUGUUCCUUGCUACGAGUGCUUUUUUUAAACCUGCUCAAGGUAGUGUAGAAGUCGCAGGUGUUCUUGUUCCUGAGGAUGAAGGACCGGUGAUUGGCACCGAUGGAGAGACAGGCAGUGGAGCGUACUCGAUGGAUCACUAUGUUCGCCCGCUGCCAGCUAAAGCCGUUGAGAUGGUAUCUCAGCUUAGGAGCAACGGUACCCAAAGCAGGAUUUGGGAAUUUGUAUCGAAGGAUUUCAAACGUCUCACAGGCACGGGGUUGCCAGAGACGGCAAAAGCUUUGACUAUGUGA